AUAGACGCACCUGCAUCUGCGUUAGUUAGGAUUCGUCAAUCGUACAUGCGACAUGCGCCUCUAUGUGAUGGGGAAAAAUUUCUUCACAUUCGCUUCUACGAACGUAAGAAAGAUUACGAAGUCGUUUCAAGGUGGAAGAAGUUACUAGGAGCUAAGGUAAAGAGCCUUCAUCAAGUUCUACGUAAUGACUGGCUUCGCGACUGUCUUGAAAAACUAGAGCCAUUUCGCUCCCUAUGGAUGGCCUUUCAGCUGGGAUGCUUUCCAUUGAUUCUGAGCUGGAGGUGCAGACAGGAAAUUGAAUACUAUCUAAGCCAGAUGUACGAGAUCUGGUAUACAAUCACAAAUGGAAACGCCUACCUCUGUGAUGAAUACACUAUUGAGAAGCUUGGAGGCCUUGCGCCUCUAUGGAGUUCUCGGGACCGCUCAACAAUAGAGACCAUGUUUGCCACAUGUCAGGUCUUCCCUCGCGUACACGAUUCUGCUAUUCGUGCUCAAAUCCUUCAAAGAGUUCUUGCUAUCGAAGGACUCAUUUUAAAUUUCCAGACUUUUUUCAAGCACGUCAAAGUACUAGGACCGAUUAUGCUUCCUUUGAGAGAGCUGUUUCCAGCGAGUGAGCUAUUCCCCCCGAGGGACGAAUUCAGCCUAGCAUCCAACCAUCUUCCAUCGGUAAGAGACAUUCUAUUUCAGCGUUGUUACGAGCGGCGUGAGGAAAAUAAGCAGCAAUGUUUAGUGGAAUACAGCGCCCUCGAUGCACGCUUUAUGGCAUGUAGCGAUCCCGAAAAGGUUGCGUACUGGCAACUCUGUCUUUAUCUAUCGCGCCACACGAAAAACCAAUGGAACUCUUACAAAGAAACAAAAGACCAGAGGGAACAAUCAGAGCGUCCAGAAUGGAUCAUUCGGCUUGGCUCCUUUGCGCAUAAGCUUGGAUUUGCGUCUGCGGAGAUCUCUUCUCUGUGCAAUCAAGAUCCAGAUCUUUCACAAAUUCGCAUGCACAUGCUUCAGGAACGACCAAAUCACAUAUUCUCUGUGCCUGCAGAAAAGUUCGAUGCUGAAGCUCAUUCCCGCCAAAAUGGUCAAACGAUCUUUGAGCCUCGCCCGCCUGCUCCAACUCCAUUGAUGACGACUGACAACACGACUACCAUACGGAUGCCUAGGAGCCACCCAGGACUAUUUCUUCCCACAAUAUGGACAGCACUUACCCAGGAGCCGAGAUAUGCUUUGACAGAAUACGGAAUACUUGUGUUGAUUUUAAUGUCGUUCUUCGAGAGAUUUGAAUCAACGUCUGUCAGCAGUACCUGCGAGGGCUUUCAACGGACUGAACCGGCCCAACCGGCCUGGUCACCAUUGCGGUCUUCCUCGGUCUACUCGAGACCCGUGAAUCCCGAUCUGGCUAGUUCUCGUAUUGACCGCUUUACCUUCUGGCGUCUGCCACAUAGUACAGAUAUGUGCCCUAAGCCGACAUAUGAGUGCGAUUCUAUUCAAGCGGAGGUUAUGAAAGUAAUAGCAGAUAUUAGACACCAAGGCACCUUCGCUUUUUUUUUUUUAGUAGAUAGAUUCGGACAACUUAAGACUUGUACUCCCUCUCAAAUUGGCCGUCGCCGUGGAGGAUCUAAGCGACCUAAUGAUAUAUUCUAUGCGUAUGGCAGGGAGAAUAGUAGUAUGUGGGUUGGGAGGUACAUGGAUAGUCCAUAA